AUGCCUACCUUGACCAAUUGGAACGACGAGAUUCGGUAUACUAUACCCGAUAAUCGCUACAAGGAACCAACACAGAUUUCUGAAGUUCAGCACAUUGUCCAGGAAGCAUUUGAAAAUGGUCUAAAAGUCACAGUUGUUGGUGCCAUGCAUUCAACAACUGAAUGCACGAUUGGCACUGGAAUUGUUAUCUCAUUAAAAAAGAUGGCUCGCAUACUAUCAGUCAAUCAUGAGCAGCUCACAGUUACUGUUGAGGGAGGUGUUAGUCUCCGCGAGCUAUGUGCACAGUUGAAGAUGUCUGGCCUCCGACCCCCCGUUAUCCUUGAGUGGGGCAAUUUUCAUAUUGGUGCCAUCAGUGGUACACAUGCCAAUGAUACCUCGAUGAAUCAAUCUGCGCAAUUCUCAUCAUUUGUCCUGGGUGUGAAGCUGGUCACACCAACCGGCGAUAUUCUAGAAAUAUCAGAAUCACAGAAUUCAGAGUAUCUGCCUGCUGUUCGCUCCCAUUUCGGCAUGCUUGGGAUCGUCUGCGAGGUCACCCUGCGGAUCUUCAAGAGCCAGCCACUCCACAUGAGCUUCCAGGUUUCGGAGAUUGACGAAUUCCUUGGCAACUUUAGAGAAGAACUCCAAGCCCUGAAGGCAGGAUAUGACCAGGUGUUCGGGAUGCUGUUCCCGACCUCUGGUAAGGUGCUCUUCCAGCGUCGCAAGUUCAUCGACUCAGCAAACCCCAAUUCUGAUUCCUCCGGGACCCAAGUUGAAAACAAAAAUAUCAUUGCUCUGUUCGGGGAUUUCUUUCUUCCUUUGGUAAAGGCCUUAACGGCUCUACAGCUCCCAGCGGCUGUGGCAGCACCGCUCAACAAAGUGCUGAUUGACUUGCCGCUGAAGAGAAUUCGCGACUGUACCUACACCAUAGAUCCUUGUGAUCGUGCGGUAACCUAUGAGGAAGAGGACCCCGAUUUUGAAUUCUAUGAUUGGGUUUUCCCGGAGGAAAAGUGGUGUGAUAUGAUCCGCGCGUUUCUGCAGCUGAGCGACCGUUUCCGAAGGGAGCAGAACUUUACGUUGCUCAUGCCCGUUGCCGUCUACUUUCUCAAGCAAGAUCAAUCAUCUUUUCUGUCUCGAUCGCGAAACGGAAAUAUGAUCGCAGUUGACCCUGAGUAUCCUGACCCAGCAGAUCCCACCUGGAAGGCAUUUCGGUUAGCUUUCAAUGAAAUUGCGUUGCUUCAUGGCGGCGUACCACAUAUCAAUAAGACGCGUGGUGGUGCCAUCAGCAACCUGACAAAAGUCCACGACCCAGAGAGUAUCCGGCGCUUUCUUCAGAUACGAAAGCAGCUGGACACUAAGGACCUAUUCCUCAAUGACUACUUCAAGGCCCUGUUCGGCAUAUAG